AUGGUGAAGUUUUCUUCUUUUCCUCUAUUUUUCCUAACAGCUGGGGCUUUUAUGACUCCAGAAUGUUUCGGCAUGGAGAUUAUUGGAGGGCGAGAAGUGUCGCCACAUUCCCGGCCAUUCAUGGCCUCCAUCCAGUACCGCGGCCACCACCUCUGUGGAGGCGUGCUGAUCCACCCACAGUGGGUGCUGUCCGCGGCCCACUGCCGCUUCUGGCAUAAAAAAGUCCAGUUUUUCAAGGUGAUUUUAGGAGCACACUCUCUCUCAAAGAAAGAGACCUCCAAACAAAUGUUUGAGAUUAAAAAAUUCAUACCAUUCUCAAGACUUACAUCAUAUCGUAAAUCAAAUGAUAUUAUGCUGAUUAAGCUUCACACGGCUGCAACACUUGACAAACAUGUCCAGCUGCUCCACCCAAGCUCCAAAAAUGAUAUCAGAGCUGGAACAAAAUGCCAGGUUACUGGCUGGGGAGCCACCGACCCACAAUUUUUAAGGAUCUCUGAUACCCUGCAUGAAGUCACUGUUACGGUCAUAAAUCGAAAACUUUGCAACAGCCCAAGUUAUUAUAACCACAACCCUAUUAUAACUGAAGACAUGAUAUGUGCAGGAGACACCAGGGGCCAGAAGGAUUCCUGCCAGGGUGACUCAGGUGGCCCCUUGGUUUGCAAAGGUGCCUUCUAUGCCUUAGUCUCUGCAGGUCAAGGAUGUGGUGAUGCCAAGAAGCCUGGAAUCUACACCCUAAUAACCCGGAAAUACCAGGCUUGGAUUAAAAGCAAGCUUGCUCCAUCUCAGGCAAACUAUGACCACAAAUGA